UCCAGUUGCAUGCCGGGUAGUGGAUGAUGGCUGAGGGCUGUGUGGAGGAAUGAAGCGGCUGACCGCUGCCUGUCUCCCGGCUGAAGCGCGCUCUGUGCGGCCUCAGGUCUUUGAGCAGAGCGGAGCUAUGAGGAGGACCGUACUGUUGCCUCCAGGCGUCCUGGUUGUCGGACUAUGCUGUGUUUGUCCACUGGGUGGCGCCUCCUGAGCCAAGCUCACCGCCUCCCUCCCUCCCGGCCCCGCCCCGCUGCUCAGUCCGUCACCAUGUACACCACCCGCCUCUACAGCACCUCGGGGGGAGGAGGAGGGGGAGGAGGUGGGGUUAAACAUGGGAGAAGGGCGGGGCUGGCCGUGAUGGAGGCACCCCACCCUCCUCACCACCACCUCCCCCACCACCCGACUCCACCUCCCCCUGCCUACCACCUGUACCAGGGCCGCCCCGACGCCCACAGAGGAGCACACUUCUACCACCCGCAACCUGCCCACUUGGCCCCACCCCAAUUCUCCCCCCACUACCAGCACCACGCCCACUUCCACACUUAUGGAGGGGGGGCUCCAGGGGGCGGGGCCGCUGCCCCUGGCAGCAAGAAGAAGACGUGGAACUUCAUCCAUGAGAAGAUGAGCUACGACACGUUCUUCACCAUGAAGCGCCUGAUUGAGCGUUCGCGGCGGCCUGACGAGGUUCUGCGCUGGGUCACCCAGAACCCGGCCAAGAUCUCCCACAACCACUACCCCGUCGCCCUGCAGAAGAUCGGACAGCUGCUGCAGGCCGCGCCAUCACCACGAACCAGAGGGGACGCCACAGAAGCCCCGGCAGGUGGAGGAGCAGAGGGGGGAGACGAACGCCAGAUCCUGGAGCAUCAGGACUUUCAGACGCUCUGUAACGCCAUCGUCAAUGACUGCGCCAAGUUUGACAACUUCAGCAUUGUCAACUGUUUGUAUGCUGUGGCAGCACUUGGUCUAUCCAGUGACGCUCAGGUGGUCCACGUGUUGGAGGCGGAGUCUCAGUCCAGACUGAGCCAGUUUAACCAGAAGGACGUUUCCAUGGUGUUCAGCUCCAGUAUGAAGCUCCACCCAGGAAGUCAACACCCGCUGACCGAGGCCUGCCUAGCCGGCCUGGAGAAGAACCUGGAGAGAGAGCGCCACCCGCAGACGCUCUUCUUGUUGCUCUCGUAUUACAGACUCAAGUGGCGCUCGCUGCAGCAGCAGGAGCCCGCUGCUGCAGCAGGGGGCGCUGCAACCACCACUGCUAAAACCAACCACACGCCCCCAAACCCUGAACUACUGCUUACCAACAGGAAGAUCUUACGUCUUGUGAAACACACUCUGGCGAGUGUCAGCGGCGUUCGUGACCAGGAGAUGGCGCUGCUGGAUGAGAUGUUGGCGGCGUGUGCUCGAGAGGCGAGCAACAAGAGUCUGGAGUUGAUCUUCAGUUCCCACCUGUUCUACCAGAACCGACAGGAGAAGUUCAUCAGCAGCCUGGCAGAGGAGCUCCCCAAGAAGGUCGACAGCAUCACGCCGUACACAAUGGCUCUGAUUGCCAAAUACAUCGCUCGCCAUCGCCUGAGAGAGACCCGACUGCUUGACACCAUCGCAGACUUCUUGGUGAAGAAGGCGGAGUACCUGGACAGUAAGGUGAUCCAGAAGCUGGUGUUCCCGUUCAGCAGGAUGAGCUACCGUCCGUCCAAUGAGCAGCAGUUUUUCUCUGGCUUGGAGGAGGUGUUGGAGCUGAAGGCUCUCAGCUCGCCGCUCGCCACCGUCAACAUCCUCAUGUCUCUGUUCCAGCUGGGUCACUUCCCCAGCCUGGUGCUGCACCGCGUCUUCUCCUCUGCCUUCAUCAGCAACGUCACCAACAGUCCCUAUGCCCUGAUAGUCCGGAGGUACCUGUCUCUGCUGGACGCCGCCAUCGAGCUGGAGUACCGCGACUACACCGGACCACGACUGCAGGAGGCCCACAAAGUCCUGAUGUUUGACCACGCACUGACGGCUGACGAGGUCAACCGCAAGUACAGUUACAAAGGUCUGGUUGCUGAAGCUUUACGUCAGCUGGUUGGAGAACAAAACUACAAACAAGAUGAAGUGCUCCCCCCAGGGUACUACACAGACUUCGUGCUGUGGAUGGAUGGUUCUGGUCGGGUUCUAGCCGAUGGUUCUGGUCGGGUUCUAGCCGAUGGUUCUGGUCGGGUUCUAGCUGAUGGUUCUGGUCGGGUUCUACCCGUCACACCCGGAGCGGCGCUGCUUCCUGCUUCCUGCGUCGCCAUGGCGUCUAAACCGGCUGACGGCUCAGUUGCCGUGGUGACUUCAGAGUUCCAGAGGUUUUCUCCGUUUGUUCUAGAGGAAGGUGGCGAGUGUCACGUGGGCGGGGCCAUGGAGCCCAUCUCCUUCGUGCCCCCCCACAUCCGCAGCACACCGAGGGCCACGCUGCCCUCAGGGGCCCCUCGGCCCACCAACGGGGGCCCCUUGGACUACGGCCCCUACUUUGUCCCGGCAGUGGAGUUCUACUCCAGUCUGGCUAAGGAUCACUCUCUGGAGAGCCAGGACAGCUCCACGCUCAGCAGCCCCCCCUCUGAAGGACAGGGCCCCCCUGUGGAGGCCCCGGCCCCUGACUCUCUCUUCCAGUUCUCCAUCGGGAAGAUCCUGGAGGACGAGGGGGGGACUGGGGCCCCUGAGAGCCAGGGCACAGACUGUGCGUUGCCAGGGUUCUAUGAGGGCGUGACUUAUUCUGAGGUGUCGGGGGCCGACAGGGGGCCCUCAACCCCCCCACAGCUCCACCCCCCUGAUCAACCAGAGCCUGAUACCCCCCCGACAGACCAGAGACCAAUCAGGAGGGUCAUCAUGUCCGUCAAUGACAAGUGGCAUUAUUGUCACAACUCUGAGGUGCUGGUUGGUUCCCGGGCGAUGAGAGACCGCCACCUGAGGCUGCUGGGAUACGUCAUCGUCCAGCUUCCGUAUCAUGAACUGGAGAAGCUGAACGGCAUCGAGGAGGUGAAGACGUACCUGCAUCAGAAGCUGCUGGACGUCCCACUAUGACUGUGUGUGUGUGUGUGUGUGUGUGUGUGUGUGUGUGUGUGUGUGUGUGUGUGUGUGUGUGUGUGUGUGUGUGUGUGUGUGUGUGUGUGUGUGUGUGUGUGUGUGUGUGUGUGUGAUUAGUUAUUGAUAAAUCUUUAUUGAUCACUGAGUCUAUGAUUUAUCAAUAAAAUAAAUUGAUAAUUUACAGCUACACUGAGCAGCGUUGAAAGGGGCACGCCACUUUUUACAGAACACGUUCCAAAUCCAUUACUACAGCCAAUUGGAACGUCUCAUUUAAUUAUCAAGUUCAUUAAUUAUACAUUGGUUCUUAAUGCACCGCAGCCGUCAUGUUGAAUUUAGAAGGAGGUGACAGAAGAUCGUUGAACUGCUCCUUAAACGUCUCAGUGGAUCACCUGCGCUCUGAUUGGACGCUGCGCGAAUGAACAAACGUUAUUUUUUUCCGGGUGGGGGGGUGUGGUACCCGUGGUAAGGACGAUGGAGCUGGGAGUGGAUGCUAUUAUUCUGUGAAGAGGGAUGAGUGUGCGUUUCAGUGUCGGGGUCAAAGCUCAGAUUAUUUAUUUGUGUUUGAGGAAAAGAAGCUUGUUUGUAUUCUAUAAAACCUGAAACUGACCACGAGUCUGUUUUAUUGACGCUCAUCACAGCAGUUCGUUGUCAGCAUGGUAUUCAUGUGGUUGUUUGCUCCAAAUGAAAUUAAACAUCCAAAAUCAGAAAAA